AUGGCAACCGGAAGUGAUGGCCGACGAUCCGUGACUGGCGUUCGGUGGCUGACGCUGGGCUUCCUGACGACGGUUUUGGCCACGAUGGUGGCAUGCCCAGGUGCCGAUGCGUCCUACUCCGAUACGGACGAUCUAAUCAACGAGCUCGAUCGACCGAUUCCCAUCACGACCGUCAGUGGAGUGCUGGGCAAGCAGGCCAGCCUGCCCUGCGACAUAACGCCGCUCGAGCGGGACGAUGCCGUGUACAUGGUGCUGUGGUUCAAGGAGGACGACAACGAACCGCUCUACAACUUCGACGUGCGCGGCCGCCAGGUGGCCCAGGCUCGGCUUUCCUCCUCCGAGAAGUACUUCGGCAAGCGGGCCUUCUUUCGGGCCACCACCCACCCGGCACAGCUGCUGGUCGACGAGAUUAAGCUGUCGGAUGAGGGCAUGUACCGGUGCCGGGUGGACUUUCGCAACUCGCCCACGAGGAAUCUCAAAAUUAACUUCACCGUCAUAGUGCCACCGGAUCGGCCCAUUAUCUAUGAUUCGCGGCGCCGGGAAAAGGCCAACACGGUCGAACCGUACAGCGAGGGCAGCGAUAUUGCGCUGAUAUGCGAGGUGAAAGGAGGACGACCACGGCCGAACGUUACCUGGUACCUGGACAACAGCGUCAUCGAUGAGUCGUUCGAAACGCGCCCGGACGGGACGACGGUCAAUCAUCUGUCCUACCCAAACAUCGGUCGGCAGCAUCUGGACGCACGGCUCAUGUGUGUCGCGAGUAAUACCAACCUGACGCCGCCCAACAACAAAGUGGUUGUGCUGGACGUUAACCUCAAACCGGUGGCCGUACACAUCAUGGCCAAGGAGAAGUUCGUCUCCGCGGACAAGCGGUACGAGAUUGAAUGCAAGAGUUCCGGGUCGCGCCCAGAGGCGGUCAUUUCGUGGUGGAAAGGCACUCGGAUGUUGAAGCGGAUGACGAAGAAUUUUUCCGACAACGGCAACCAAUCGCUCAGCGUUAUAUCGUACACGCCGACGGUGGACGACGAUGGCAAAUAUUUGACUUGCCGGGCCGAGAACCCGCUCAUCCCGGACAGCGCAAUCGAGGACAAGUGGCGACUGGUGGUGCAUUACAUGCCGAUCGUGACGCUCAAGAUGGGUUCAUCCCUUAACCCGGACGACAUCAAGGAGGGCGACGACAUCUACUUCGACUGCCACAUCCAAUCGAACCCGAAACCGUACAAACUGGCCUGGUAUCACAAUGGUAACGAGCUCCAUUACAACGUCACAGCUGGCAUCAUCCUGUCUGACCACUCGCUGGCGUUGCAGGGCGUAUCUCGGAGCCUGGCCGGCGACUACACCUGUAUGGCGGCCAACACCGAGGGCCGUGGGACGAGCAAUCACGUCACACUUCGCGUGCGCUAUGCACCCGUUUGUGCAGUCGACCGCGAGGAGCUUCUGGGCGCGCUGAAGCACGAAACGCUCCAACUCAAGUGCGAAGUUGACGCGUCUCCGCCAGCCGAUUCCUUCCACUGGACAUUCAACUCCUCCGGCGAACAGACGGAGCUACCGUCCCGAUUGCACUCGAGCGAGACCGGUCUAUCGAGGCUUAAUUACACGCCGACAUCCGAUCUGGACUACGGUACGAUAUCCUGCUGGGGCCGGAACGCGAUCGGUGUGCAAAAGUCGCCCUGCGUCUUCCAGGUUGUCGCUGCAGGACGCCCGUUCGCGCUGCAGAACUGCUCCGUGUCGAAUCAAUCGGCCGAUUCGCUGCACAUCGAGUGCAUCGAGGGCUUCGACGGUGGUCUGCCGCAAAUGUUUCUGCUCGAGCUGGUGGAAGUGCCCGUCCUGCGAUUAGUUAGAAACCUAAGCUUACAGCACCCACCGGUGCAGUUCUUUAUAGAUAAUCUCGAACCGGGCAGCUCGUACCGCAUCAUUCUGUUCGCCGCCAAUGCCAAGGGCCGCUCCGAGCCGGUCAUAAUAGACGAUAUCACCUUCAAGGGUGUGGCCAAACACACCGGCGUGUCCAACGUUAUGAAUGUUCCUUUAUCACCGGUAUUAGCCGCAUUAACGCUCACGGUGGCGAUCCUGUUCGCGGUUGUCUGCAUCGUCCUGGCGACUCUCUACCGGCGGCACGCGGCCAAGAACACGACCAAAAAGCUAAAGCCCACCAAAAGCGCUCAGCUGACGGCGACACCCGACUGUCAGCUGGACUCGGCUGGGCCACAUCACCAAACGCACGACCCAACCGGCAUUCAGACGCCCUUGGUUGGCCUCGGUGGUGCCAGUGGCGGUGGAGGUGGUGGUGGGAUUGGAUGCCGCGGUAGUCCCACGAUGGGUGCUGACCUUCCGGAUGGGGAUGAAACCGACCCGGACGUGAUACCGAACCAGUACGAACGACGACCUCCGAAGACGACACUACCGACGCCGUUGUUCCGCAGUCCAUCGGCACGGUUAAUACACCGCAACGGUGGUGAACAUUUGCUGCACGAGGACGAACGGCACUGUGAUGGCGCGAGUUUAGCCUCACUGACCGGUUCGACCACUGAGGUGCACCAUUAUUCGUUCAAACCCAGCAAGCAAAUCAGCUACGCCACCCUGGGCAGGACACACAACAGCAGCGUCACGUCGACACUCAGCCCCCUUAGCCAGCAGGCGUCGACGGCCACCCUGCCACUACCGUCGAUGUCCGUGACCGGCGUCGGUGCCGUCGGGAGUCUUCUCAGCAGUCCGGCCUCGCAAUCGCUCGUCACCUCGACGUUGAACGAGUACCGGUUUCGGCCCGAGGUGGUCACCACAUCCAACCGAAUACAGGAAAGUUGUAUAUAAAGUGUGUGUGUGUGCUAGUGUGAGUGAGUGCAUGUGUGUGUGGCGAUCGAUGGGCAGCCAGGAGCAUAUCCUUCCGCUGAAGAUCCUUCGCUAACCAUAUCCAUCCCUGGCUGGAUCCAUCACGCUGCACGCGGUUGUCUGUGAGAUGUGGAGCUAAACCGCGAUAGAGAGAGAGAGAAGAUGAAAAGCGAAAGAGAAAGCGUGUGUGUGUAUGUUCGUUUACGCGUAGCUAACGUAGAGAGCCUUCGUUGUAGAGAGCGCGGGUGGAAAUUGGAACGAAUUUCGCGAUCAUUUUA